UGUGACGGAACUAAUUACGAAUUGAGUUCGACACAAAUAAUUAAUUGUGACAUCGCGCGCGUUGACAGUGCGAUUGAAAUAAUGGAAUAAUGAAAAAUAGCGAUCAUGAUCAUUGAAUUUAGAAAUAAGUACUCACUGAUGAUAUCAGACGACUCCAAAGACAAUAAUUCCAGAAACGGUGGUGUGACAGACGGUGCUGAGCCCGAUAGCGGCUUCGAAAGGCGAUCCUACAAAUCUAUAUUUAAAAGUCGAAAAUAUAUCGCUUCUGACAAUUCCUCAAACGUUCUAUCGUUUGCAAACGACAGAAUAGGUGUUACCAAGCAUGAUUCCGAACUAUAUCAUUGGAAAAUUACUACAGACAAAGACAAUAACACAGGUUUGUUGCAUAGAAAAAAUAAUUCAGAGAGAGAGAGGUUCACAGAAAAUAUGGAAGAAACGUCAAAAACUAACAAUAAAAAGAGAAAGCAGAGAUUUUUAACAAUCUGCACGACAAACUGCAAAUACAACGUGGUUAGACGAGUGGCUGCGCGAUUCGGGAUGAGAGAAGUUACGGAGGAUAGCAGCUGGGAUCUUUAUUGGACCGAUCUGAGCGUCAGCGUAGAGCGUGCCAAGGACAUGAAGAGAUUUCAGAGAGUCAAUCAUUUUCCCGGGAUGACAGAGAUAUGUAGGAAGGAUCUUCUCGCUCGUAAUCUCAAUCGCAUGCAGAAGCUGUUCCCGAAGGACUAUAACUUUUUCCCGAAAACUUGGUGCUUUCCCGCGGAUCACGGCGACGCAAUGGCUUAUGCUAAGACGCGGAGGUCGAAAACCUUCAUCGUUAAACCAGAUACGGGCUGCCAAGGACGCGGUAUUUAUCUAACGAAACACUUGAAGGACAUUAAACCGAGCGAACGUUUGAUCUGUCAAGUAUAUAUCGCAAGGCCUUUCCUAAUAGACGGAUACAAAUUUGAUCUACGUAUUUAUGCACUAAUCACAUCCUGCGAUCCUCUCAGGAUCUAUGUAUACAACGAAGGACUCGUCAGAUUUGCGACCAGCAAGUACAAGGAACCAACCGGUUAUAAUACUUCUAACAUGUUCAUGCAUUUGACAAAUUAUUCCGUUAACAAGCAUAGCCGGAUGUAUGUCAUCGAUGACGAGAUUGGCAGCAAGAGAAAAAUAUCAACGUUCAAUAAAUGGCUAAAAGGGAAAGAUAUUGAUGUGGAUGAUCUGUGGGGCAAGAUCGAUGGAAUUAUAAUAAAAACCUUAGUCGCCGCGUAUCCUAUAUUGAAACACAAUUACCAUGCGUGCUUUUCAAUGCACGAUAAAACUUAUGCCUGUUUCGAGUUGCUGGGAUUUGACAUUUUACUCGAUUGGAGACUUAAACCCUACCUUCUCGAGGUAAAUCACUCGCCAAGCUUUCAUACAGAUGCACAAAUAGAUAAAGACGUAAAGGAAGGAUUGUUGAUGGAUACUUUUGAUAUAUUAAAUCUGCAACAGUGCAACAAAAAGAAAAUAAUAGAAGAAGACAAAAAGCGAAUCAGGGAGCGACUUCUUCAAGGCAUAAAUGGAAAGGAUUUCAGUCAAACUAAUGAUACGACAAUUUCAACAAAAUCCGUGAAGAACGAGAAUGAUUAUAUGCAGAGACAAUUUCAGUGGGAAGACGAUCAUAUGGGCAAUUUUCGAAGAAUUUAUCCGUGUCUUACCGAGGAUAAGUACCAAUCUUUCUUCACGCAGAAUACGCUUUCCGUUUUCCAAGAUACGGUGGCAUCGAGAGCGCGAGAGGAAGCGUCGAGAAUAGAAAGAGAAGAAAACGAACUGAAAGCGAAGGAAGAAGAACGUAAACGAAUAGUCAGGAAAUGGAGCGAGCAGAAAUUAGGCUCUGAAAGUUCGAGUGCAUUGAAGAAAUUCCAAGAGAAGAGCAAAUCUGCAGGUGUGCUAAGAAAAAACAUUAAUAAACAGGACGCACAGGGAUUUUCUACCAACACGUUGUAUUCCUUCGAGCCUGAAAUCAUAUCGGAAUCUGAGGAGAGGGAGCGAAUAACGGCUCUGGCACAGAGGGAUUUUCUCAUCAAGAGUUAUGGUAUACUCGAGCAGAUAUACAUGGCGAUGAAAAAGAAUGGCACGCUACGACCUGCCGACGAGAGAAAAUACGGAUUAUACGGCAGACUCGGGCAACAUGCGAAUAAUAAUAGCAUGUGUUCCUCUGCGCAGCAUCAUCUUCAUCGUCACCAAAAUAACUGUACACUGUCCACAGACCAAUGCAUACAAUGUCCCUUGAAAGGAAAUAAUCACAAGAUGGAAAAUCACGAAAUCAACAAUUCAAACAAAACCUCGUGGAUAACUUGUAAUGAGGCGCUUGUUUAUGUUCGUCCAAAAAUCCCACAAAAAUUAUGGGUGGAAGACAUGAAUUCUGUUAAUAAGAAUCGUAUAACAAAAGCUCACAUUGCUCGAACAUUGUCAAAUACCGUGCGGUUGCAUAUGCUGGAGAAAAGAGAAGCCUCUCAUUCAUCGAAAUCAAAGAAAGCCACACAUUUAUAUUGAAUCGACGCGUUGCCAUCUACCAUUAAAGAUAAAAUGGAUUUUUUGGAAAAUGGAAAAGAAAAUGAAAAAAAGCAUCUUAUAAUAAUAUAAGAAAAAAUUACAUUUACGAAAAAUAUAAAAGCGAUUAAUAUAAAACUAUGAUUAGAAGAAAAUUUAGGCA